AUGAACGGUAUUGAUGAUCUCCUAAAUAUUAACGACAGAAUUAAGCAAGUGCAAAAUGAGAGAAACGAACUGGCAUCAAAACUGCAAAAUCUAAAGCAAUCAUUGGCCAGCAAUGACACAGAAGUAGCAUUAUCAGAGGUGAUAGCACAAGAUAUUAUUGAAGUAGGGGCUAGUGUUGAGGGGCUUGAACAAUUAAGGGCAAAAUAUGGUGAUCUGCAAAUCUUGAAUAAAUUGGAAAAGGUAGCUGUACAACAAACACAAAUGCAAGCUGGCGUAGACAAACUAGAUAGUUUUGAACGUCAGUUAGAUGAGUUAGCUGAACAACCGCCGGAUCAAUUCACUCUAGAUGACGUAAAGGCGCUACACUCAAAGUUGACGAGUGUCUUCGCUACAGUUCCUCAAAUCAAUAAUAUAGAUUCUCAGUAUGCUGCUUAUAACAAACUUAAAUCAAAGGUUACCGGCAAAUAUAAUGACGUUAUUAUACAGAGGUUAGCUACUAACUGGAGUAAUACGUUUGAUCAGAAAUUGUUAGAAGCGCAAUGGGAUACGCAAAAAUUUGCAUCCACAUCAGUUGGUUUGGUUAAAUGUCUGAGAGAAAAUUCCACCAAACUUUAUCAAUUAAGUCUGCUCUACUUACCUUUGGAGGAGGAAACACAGAAUGGAGAUAGCGAACGCCCACUUUCACGCUCAAACAAUAACCAAGAACCUGUGCUAUGGAAUUUUAAAUCACUAGCAAACAAUUUCAACGUUAGGUUUACGUACCAUUUUCACGCCACAUCGUCAUCCUCUAAGAUUGAGACGUAUUUUCAGUUUCUAAACGAUUAUCUAGCGGAAAACCUAUACAAGUGCAUCAACAUUUUUCAUGAUGACUGUAAUGGGUUGACGAAGCCAGUUAUUCAUGAACAAUUUAUUAAUUACGUCUUACAACCCAUUAGGGAUAAAGUAAGAUCCACCCUAUUUCAAAACGAUUUGAAAACUUUGAUCGUCCUAAUUUCCCAAAUCCUGGCUACAGACAAAAAUUUAUUGAAUUCUUUUCAUUACCAUGGGCUAGGUUUGGUGUCGUUAAUUUCCGAUGAAGUAUGGGAGAAAUGGAUCAACUAUGAAGUUGAAAUGGCCAAUAGGCAAUUCAUCAAUAUAACUAAAAAUCCGGAAGAUUUCCCAAAAUCUUCUCAGAAUUUUGUCAAAUUAAUCAAUAAAAUUUACGAUUAUUUGGAACCGUUCUACGAUUUGGAUUUUGAUCUAUUAGUAAGAUACAAACUAAUGACUUGUUCAUUAAUUUUUAUGAACUUGACUUCAUCCUACUUGGAUUACAUUUUAACUGUCGAUUCAUUGAAUGAAACAAGAACUAAAGAGCAGGAAUUGUAUCAAACUAUGGCAAAACUGCAACAUGUCAACUUUGUGUACAGAAAAAUCAAAUCUUUGUCUUCAAACUUCAUUUUUAUUCAACUGACCGAUAUUGUUAACAGCACAGAAUCUAAAAAAUACAAUUCACUGUUUCAAAAUGUGGAGAAUGACUAUGAAAAAGCUAUGAGUACGGAUAUGCAAAACUCCAUUGUACACAGGAUUCAAAAACUGUUGAAGGAAACCCUACGAAAUUACUUCAAGAUUUCAACUUGGUCAACAUUAGAGAUGUCUGUCGACGAAAAUAUCGGGCCGUCGUCCGUACCAAGCGCUGAGUUGGUCAAUUCAAUUAAUGUUUUGAGAAGAUUGAUCAACAAAUUGGAUUCAAUGGAUAUCCCACUAGCUAUUUCAUUAAAGGUUAAGAACGAAUUGUUAAAUGUUAUUGUUAACUAUUUUACGGAGUCAAUUCUAAAGUUGAACAAAUUUAAUCAAAACGGUUUAAAUCAGUUUUUACAUGAUUUUAAAUCUUUAAGCAGCAUUUUGAGCUUACCGUCACAUGCUACCAAUUAUAAAUGUAUGAGUUUACACGAACUAGUAAAAAUAUUAAAGCUAAAGUAUGAUCCAAACAAUCAGCAGUUUUUAAACCCAGAAUACAUUAAAACAGGUAAUUUCACAUCAUUGAAAGAAGCUUAUUCCAUUAAGUACUUGAAGGACACGAAGAUUCAAGAUGCACUCUAUAGGAUUAUAUAUGGUAACAUAUUAUAG